CGACGGAGACUGCGUGUGUGCGUAAGCGGAACGAGGAGAAAAGCUACGGGCCGACUCACAUGCGGUUUGGGUCCAGAGCGUGGCUGGGACCUUCCAUUCAAGGGGGGGGGGUUUAGGCGGACGAAACCAUGGGGAAGCUGAACGUCGUUUUGCUUCGCUAUCUUUCCCGAGAACACUUCAGAGUACUAACUGCGGUGGAAAUGGGCAUGAAGAACCAUGAAAUAGUCCCUGCCAGCUUGAUUGCCUCCAUUGCUAGUCUCAAACAUGGGGGAUGUAACAAAAUUUUGAGAGAAUUAGCAAAGCACAGGCUCUUGGCUUAUGAACGAACUAAAACUGUCCAAGGUUACCGAUUAACUAAUGGAGGAUAUGAUUACUUAGCCUUGAAAACACUUUCUUCUCGACAAGUUAUCUGUUCUGUUGGAAACCAGAUGGGCGUUGGAAAAGAAUCAGAUAUUUAUAUUGUUGCAAAUGAAGAAGAGCAGCAACUUGCCUUGAAGCUGCAUAGACUUGGGAGGACAUCCUUUCGGAACUUAAAAAACAAGCGUGAUUACCAUAAGCACAGAAACAAGAUGUCCUGGCUAUACCUUUCACGUCUUGCUGCAAUGAAAGAAUUUGCCUACAUGAAGGCUUUGCAUGAUAGAAAAUUUCCUGUUCCAAAACCAUAUGACUACAAUAGACACGCAGUCGUAAUGGAACUUGUCAAUGGUUACCCUUUAUGUCAAGUCCAUCAUCUCGAAGACCCUGCCUCUCUGUAUAGCGAGCUAAUGGAAUUAAUCGUGAAACUUGCCAACCACGGUUUGAUCCAUGGUGAUUUCAAUGAGUUCAAUCUCAUGUUGGAUAAUGAAGAUCGAGUCACAAUGAUUGAUUUCCCGCAGAUGGUGUCAACAUCUCACCCAAAUGCUGAAUGGUACUUUGACAGAGAUGUGAAAUGCAUUCGUGACUUCUUUAUGAAACGUUUCAGCUAUGAAAGUGAACUCUAUCCAACUUUCAAGGACAUUAGGAGGGCAUGUUCUCUUGAUGUCGAAAUUGCAGCCAGCGGUUACACCAAAGAAAUGCAGGAAGAUGAUGAGCUUCUUCACCCAGCCGGCCCUCAUGAUGAGGGUAAUGAAACUGCGUGUUCUCCUGAUGCGCAAGGUUCUGAAGGGGGAGAAAUACUAUGUAGCGGCACAGAUCAAAAGACCGAAGGGGACUUCACAGAGGAGGUUGAAGAUGCCACCAAAGAUUUGGGGCAAAGCAGCGAAGAAGAAGAUGAUAGCGCAGAUGAAAGUGAGCAGAGUUUAGAUUUGCGGGAGUUCGCCUGUGCCUUACAACAAGCUGAAGGGCAAAUUAUUGCUGCUCGAGACAGGGCUAAUGCAGGCUGCUCUGUAAUUUAUUUUUCUGAGGAUGAAAAGAAAAUUGAAAAAUCUACCAAAAUUGAAGAUCAAACAGGUCAGGGAGAAGAGCCUGCUGACAAGGACUGCGAAGAUGAAUGCCCUGAUCUGGUUGACUUGUCAACAUUAAACAGAGAAUUCAGGCCUUUCAGAAAUGAGGAGAGCCUAUGUCACAUCAAUGACCACAGGACAAGAACUACUAGCAUGACUUCAGUAGGCAGUAUGGGAAGUCGUUCAACAAUUCCUCCAGAGCUGAUAAAACAAAAGAUCAAGCGCCAGCUGACGAAACAGCAAAAAGCCGCUCUGAGACGGCGGUUGCAAAAAGGAGAAGCAAACGUUUACACAAAACAGCGACGGGAACACAUGCAUAACAUCAAGUCGAGUUUGGACACAGCCAGCUUCUGGGGCUGACAUCCUACAGAAAGAUCUUCCUCCUUUCCCCAUGCCUUGCAAAUCAAUGAAAGAGAUGGCUUUCUGCUUAA